AUGGAUCAGCGGUGGGAAGAAAAGCAGGGCAGGCGUGCCGAGAAAGAUGCGCAAUUCCAUGAACUGAAGGAUAUGGUCUCCAGGCUCAUUCAAGACCGCGAGGCGGAUCGAAUUCAAGAGGAAGAGCGCAGGCUACGGGAGGAGGGUAAGCCAGAUAUCCAAGUGGUGCUCGAUGAACUCACCCGGCAAAAUAACGAAAUGCGAGAGGCGCUUCGGGCUCUUUCUGAGGACUGGCGCGCUGAAGGUGAGCGGCGGCAUGAAGACACCCUUGAAGCUGUCCGUGCUACUGCCCGGGAGCAAGUUCCGUUCAAUGUGCAAGUGUAUCUUGAUGAAUUUAGCAAAGCGCUCGCGACUGAGGUCCGGAUGCUCCUUGGAGAAGUUGGCAAGCUUCGCGAAGAACGCCGUAAUAUCCAACAUGAACUUGGAUACCUGAUGAUGAUGAAAGCUAAAUACGGACCAGGAGGGGAGUUUGAUCCUGAGUGGAAACCGCCGAUGCCUGGCCCUGGUGCGCCUGAUCCACCGCCACCGCCCGAGGUACCUCCCCCGCCUCCUGAUGAACACGGGCCUUCUCGUCCAGCAUGGCGCACACUCCGCAACACGAGGCGCUCUCGCAAGCCACGUCCCGACCAGCCACCGCCCCCUGAACCUGGUCCUGCACCUAUGAGGCAGCCUGUGCAUUCCUGGGUUACUUGGCAUCCAAACCCUGCGCUGGCACCUACGCCGCCGUCGAUUGAACCUAACCUGAUUGUACCUGACCAAGGCAGUCCUGGUCUCUUCGGACCUCGCUCGCCACGCAGCUACCGGUGA